AUGUCCAAACAGCACCAAGUACAAAAAGGUGUAAUUCAUAAGCAAAUAAGCCCCACAACGUAUCUAAUUAAACUCAAUGGAGAAAUAAAACUUUGUCACUUAAAUCAAAUCAAGCUCACAACGCUCUCCGACCUAGAUUUAAAGCAAAAACCCUCCCCUUAUCCUACCGUAGACCCACUAAACCUAGCAAUGAUGCAAUCAAGCGCAAGCACACCUAAGCCGCAAAUACAGCUUGCACCGAAAAUAACUAAUGUCAUUAGUCCAAGCUCUCCUGUGAAAAAGCAACAACCUGUUCCUCAUACAGGAAAUACUCGUAGAGCACUCUCCUUCAACGAGACAAAUGCUAUACUACCAGGAACCAGUAACUCCCGACAAACUUUAAGGCAAAGCGGUACCCCACAACCCCAUAACUCAACAAAAAGACCCUCAGUACCUCAAAACUCAAAUUCUCCUGAAUGGCAGAUUGAAAGUAGUUCAGAGCAACCCUCCUCUUCACGCACCAAAUCCCCUGAACCACCUGUCACCCCACCUGCACCUCCGCCGAGGAAAUCAAGUAGGGAAUCCAAACCACCUAUGCGACUAAAUUUAUAA